AUGACGCACCGCAGACACGCGCAAUGGUAACCGGAAGCAUCGAUGAGAGGAAAAUAAAAAUCGAUCAUAAUCCUUGUUAUUCUUGAGGAGGAACUCUUGUCACCUGCUGUCAUUUCCACGGCGAAGACUCGCACCUGCUGGCACCUUUACACGAGCGCCUUGUCGGAGGGGGACGGCGGAGAGCAAAAAAAAAAAAAAAAAAAAAAAAUUGCCUCGUUUGCCCGAAGUUGCUGGCUAACUGGUUUUAGCUGACGUGUGGAGAAGUUGAGGCUGGCAGGGAGCAGACAGACUAAGACUCAACAAGCCGGGAUCAGCAGACAGACCAAGACUCAACAAGCCGGGAUCAGCUCAGCGUCUGCCCGAACACAAGCAGCGGCAGCCCGGGGAGAUGUCGCGGAGCCCGAGAAUGAUCCACGGGAGACGGUGACUUCCAGUGAAAGUAGCUCCAUGUAGACUGUCAACACACAAAGAAUCCCAGCUUCACAACACCAGGAACAUCUGUCUUCUGCCACUUUGGCCACAAACACAUGCUCUGCCAAUGACUUUGUCCUCCACUUUUCACCACUAACCUUUAUUACGUUGCAACAAUACAGAAGUGGGAUCGACAUGGCCCACCAGGCAACCCCUAGUUCCCAGAAGGCCCUGAUGAUGGAGUUGAAGUCCCUGCAGGAGCAGCCGGUGGAGGGCUUCCGCAUAACUCUUGUGCAAGAGUCUGAUCUCUACAACUGGGAAGUAGCCAUAUUUGGGCCCCCAAACACCCUGUAUGAAGGAGGCUACUUUAAGGCUCACAUCAAGUUUCCGGUCGACUAUCCGUACUCGCCACCUACCUUCCGUUUCAUCACCAAGAUGUGGCACCCAAACAUCUAUGAGAACGGUGAUGUCUGCAUCUCCAUCCUGCAUCCCCCAGUUGAUGAUCCUCAGAGCGGUGAGCUGCCCUCUGAAAGAUGGAAUCCCACACAGAAUGUCAGGACAAUUCUGCUGAGUGUCAUCUCUCUCCUCAACGAACCAAACACCUUUUCACCUGCCAAUGUGGACGCCUCUGUCAUGUUCCGCAGAUGGAGGGACAGCAAAGGCAAAGACAAAGAGUAUGCUGAGAUCAUCAGGAAACAGGUGACGUCCACGGCGGCGGACGCCGAACGGGACGGCGUGAAAGUGCCGACCACAUUGGCCGAGUACUGCGUCCAGACCAGGGUGCCGUCCCAGGACAGCAGCUCGGACCUGCUCUACGACGACCUUUACGACGACGACAUGGAGGAGGACGAGGACGAGGACGAGGAGAGCGACAUGGAGUCCAUAGGCGAGGCCGGAGGAGCCAGCACGGCGGAGGACGGCGAGACGUCCACCAGAUGUUACGACAACCAGGACGACUCCGGCAACGAAGACUCGUGAUGUUCUGGAUAUUUACUCUUUGCCAACUCCCCUAAGCCCUGCCCACUCUCCGGCGUGCGUGUGUGCGUGCGUGUGUGUAUGUGUGUCCAGUCGGGUCAAAAGUCUACUGCCAAAAAAAAAAAACCCCAACCCUUUUCAUCAUUUAUUAAACAAAUAAGUCCAAUAAUGUUUCUCACUAAAAGUUUCCACCAUUUGCCUUAAAUUCAAGCCUGCGCUCCACAAACAGAAAAGAUGGCAGCAGCCCAGGAGUCUGUUUGCUUUUCUGGGAAAUAUUCUCUUCAUCAACACUCAGAUUAUUACUCAAUUGCCAAAACAUUUUCUGCAACACUAAACAAAUCAUCUUAGUUUUUACGGCAAAAAUAUGGCAACUCUAUUGCCAGAAUUGAGUGUUUUUUAAAGCCUAGCAAACAAUAGCAACCAGCUAAGUUCUCAUCAUUUUACCAAACAUUUACUGUUUCUUAGAGCAGUUUCUGGAAAAUUAAAAAACUACCAGCGCUUUUUAAGGACUACCGUUCAAUCUGCAACAGGUGUUUCUACCAGGCAUAGAAAAACUGGCAAUACAGAUGGCAGAAUUUCAGCCCCCCAAAAAUGGCGUUUUUUUUCCAUCUACAAUAUUAUGCUGUGAAUUUUACAGGACAAAACUGAUAACAAAUGUUGCAGUAAAAUAGAGUUUUUACAUAACAUUACCUUCAGAAUUACCUUCAGAAAUCUCCAGUCAAUUGCCAGAAUGUUUCUGCAAAAUUCCAUUGUUUUUUUUUACAGCGUUUUAUUGAAAUGGAAAAAAACAUCACAUUUUUUCCGGUAAAAUUCUGUCACUGAGCUGGCAGUUCUAUGCUAUAAAAUAUAUGGUUGUUGUAUUAUUGGAAGGUUCGACUAUUUUUUAAUGAUGAAAUUCUGGCCAUUUUUUUAAUCAUAAAAAAAACAUUUUUUUUGCUGUAAAAACCACAAUACAAUGUAAAAAAACCAAAAAAAAUUAGUACCAUUUAUUUCAUUUACAGUAAUAUAUUGGGGGAAAAAACUCACUGAAUUUUACAGUAAAAAAACUGGCAUCUUAGUCGGCAGAAUAUAUCCGUAAAAUUCAGUGUUUUACAUAACAUUGCUGUCAAUUGAAAAGUGAAUUAGUGAAGUGAAUUAUAUUUAUAUAGCGCUUUUUCUCUAGUGACUCAAAGCGUUUUACAUAGUGAAACCCAAUAUCUAAGUUACAUUUAAAGCAGUGUGGGUGGCACUGGGAGCAGGUGGGUAAAGUGUCUUGCCCAAGGACACAACGGCAGUGACUAGGUUGGCAGAAGCGGGAAUCGAACCUGCAACCCUCAAGUUGCUGGCACGGCCACUUUACCAACCGAGCUAAAAAACAAUAACACUGGUUUAUAUUUACGAUAUGAAAAAUCUCCAGCUCAAUUGCCAGAAUUUUUCUGUAAAAUUACAUUGUUUUUAAAGCAUUUUAAUUUUAAGUGGAAAAAAUACCCAAAACAUUUUUUACGCUAUUUUUGGGCCAGUUUUAUAAAGUAAAAUACACGGUUGUGUGUACAGUGUGUUACUGUAAAUGGAAGGUACAAGUGUAUUUUUAAGAUACAAUUCUAAUAACUAAGCUGACUUUUUUUUUUACAUAAAAAAACAAUGAUACAAUUUAUUCCAUUUCCAGUAAUAUACUGUAAAAAAAACACCUGAAAUGACACAAUAAUCUGGCAGUUCAGUUGCUAGAAUGUUACCGUAAAAUAUAUUGUCAUUUUUAGUGGACAAUUGGAUGCUUCACUUCCUUUGAAAUCAUAAAUCAGAAAUUAAAAACAAAUGUUUUGACUGUAUGAUAAUAUAUUUUCUAUUCAUCAAUUUUUUACCGCUUGUCCCUUACCAUUAUUGUUUACAUUUUUUUAAUUAUGCAAUUCCAUGCAGAUCACAAUUGUUUUUCUGCCUAAAAGGAAAUAACAUUUAUUAAGAAAAUUACUUUCAGGCACGUGAGCACCCUUUGAGAAAAAACCCUGAAUUUCCCCCCGUCAGCACCAACUUGCUGCAAGAUAAGCCAGAAAUAACAUUUAGAAAACCAAGACUACAUUUCCUGCAAUUGUGUGCAUUUCUACAUUAUAUUUCACAAUCAGAUUUAUUCUCAUUCACCAACCUUUUUGUCUUUUCGACACUUACAAGUUCCAUGUAAUGUAUCAUUUUUAAUUAUUUUAGUAGAUCAUUUGCUAACAUUAUUAUUAUUGAAAAAGUCGUGUCAAAUGCUCCAACUUGCAUGCAAAGAACUCAGAAAACAUUUCCCAUUUUGCAACUCUAUCCUGUAGCCACGCCCCCUCAACUAAUAUACUGUAUUUCCUUGAAUUGCCGACCGGGCGCUAAUUAUUUUAAAACCUCUUCUCACUCCUGCGCUUACCAAAGGCAUGAGGUAAAAGUAAGCAUGCGCUAAUUAUUGUAAAACCUCUUCUCACUCCGGCACUUACCAAAGGCAUGCAGUAAAAAUUUGAGUGUGAUGUAAGCUUGGACCUUAAAUCCUACUGAAUAGCUCUUAAUCUUCUUGCCUUUAUGCAAUUUCAAAUUACCGGUAUUGAAAUCAGCCUCCUCCAUUUUGAAAAUGAUGACAGGGGAAGUGUCACUCGUGACGUCACCAGUUUGACCCGGCAGUAAUACUAAGCAUGCGCUAAUUAUUUUGCGAAGCGAGUUUGACCCGACAGUAAUUCAAGGCAGGUGCAUACUAUAUACCCGGCGGCAAUUCAAGGAAAUACGGUACUUCCUGUGUUGUGACUUCUGUUUACAUCCGUCACGUCCAAAAUGUACUCCGCACAUGAUUGUGAACUAGCGGUGUUGGGAUUGUAAUCGUCCAAAUAUGAUUAGCAGCAACGUUAACGUUGUAGCUGGGAGAACCAACGCGGGCAACAACAAGUAAGCUAACAAAUGGUUAGCUAACUAACGACAACAAGAAAGCUAGCUAGAUGGUUGGCUAGCUAGAUGGUUAGCUAACUAGCGACAACAAGUAAGUUAGCUAACUUGUGACAACAAGUAAGCUAGCUAACUAUCGACAACAAAUAAGGUAGCUAACUAGCGACAAUUAAGCUAGCUGCAUGGUUAGCUAACUAGCGACAACAUGUAAGCUAGCUAACUAGCCACAAGUAAACUAGCUAGAUUGUUAGCUAACUAGCGACAAGUAAGCUAGCUAGAUGGUUAGCUAACUAGCGACAAUAAGAAAGCUAGCUAGCUAGGUAGCUAACUAGCGACAACAAGUAAGCUAGCAAACUAGCGAGCUUGUUUCCCAUCAUCUCCCAGCCCUGCAACUAAGUGCGGCGUUUAGGCAAAAGGAUUUUUUUCCAGAACGUAUUUAAAAAAAACAUUUCGACAAAAAACAGGGAAGUGAUAUCUUGAGGCGAAAUGAAUGUUGAAAAAGAUUUGCCAUGCCUGUGCUUCACUCCCGGCUUGUGUGGGCCCCGUAGGGAUUAGGUUUGACACCUGUGCAAUACACCUUUGAUUGGCGCUAUCAGACUGAUACCAUGUGCACCACCCUGGAUGGAUGUGUGAACACUUUGGAUCGGUACCAAGUUCCAAGUCCCCAAGUCAUGCCUUAGCAUUUGAUAAAUGAUGAAAAGACUUGGUUGUCUUCAGUGUGUCUGCUUCUACGUCUUCAAACGCCAUCUCCCCCUCUCACCUUUUGUAAGCCCCGCCCCCAACUGCCGGCGUGGAUUUUUGUGUCACCGAAGGAUGACCGACGGUCUCGUCCGUUUCAACAAAACUUGUGUCAGCACAAACGUUCCAGCGGUCCCGAGUUGAAGACCCCCACACCUCUCUCUCUCUUCAAGCUCAGGGCCUCUAAAGACUUCUGCCGAGAGAGGAGGGAAGGAACCCACACAAACUGAUCGCCGCCUCUUUUCUGCCGAGAGAGGAGGGAAGGAACCCACACAAAGUGAUCGCCACCUCUUUUCUGCCGAGAGAGGAGGGAAGGAACCCACACAAACUGAUCGCCGCCUCUUUUCUGCCGAGAGAGGAGGGAAGGAACCCACAAAAACUGAUCGCCGCCUCUUUUCUCACUUUUAUGUCACUGGUGUGUGUGUGGUUUUUUUCAGAGGGCAAAAAGUGGCUUGAAAGUAUUCGAUCCCACCACCGGAAUGUUUACAGUUCUGUUGCUCCACAAGAAUCCUGGCACAGUACCGGGCUGAUACCACAUCCAGUCCACCAAGGGUCGCCUGUGUUGUGAGUGAGGUGACAUGGACAAGACAGGACAGGACAGGACAGGACAGGACAGGUUCAGGGUUUCAGUGCAGAGACUUCCAUGGCCCCCAUAGACUUUGUUCGCUUGUUUGCGUUGUGAGGACAAUUUAAGUACCCGUAGUCUUCUAAGACUGUGAUCUGUUUUGUUCGGUUGUUUGGAUUGUGAGGACAAUUUAAGUACCGAUAUUCUUCUAAGACUGAUUUGUUUUGUUUGGUUGUUUGGAUUGUGAGGACAUUUCAAGUACAGUUAGUCUUCUGAGGCUGUGAUUGGUUUUGUUUGGUUGUUUGGAUUGCGAGGACAUUUCAAGUAAUGGUAGUUUUCUAAGGCUGUGUUUGGGUUUGUUCGGUUGUUUGGAUUGCGAGGACAUUUCAAGUACAGUUAGUCUUCUGAGGCUGGGAUUGGGUUUUUUCGGUUGUUUGGAUUGUGAGGACAUUUUAAGUACCGGUAGGCUUUUGAGGUUUUGAUUGUGGUUGUUUGGAUUGUGAGGACAUGUCAAGUCUCUUAAGGCUGUGAUUGGGUCUGUUCAGUUGUUUGCAUUGCGAGAACAUUUCAACUAUCGGUAGUCUUCUGAGGCUGUGAUUGGGUUUGUUCGGUUGUUUGGAUUGUGAGGAAAUUUUAAGUACAGUUAGUCUUCUGAGGCUGUGAUCGGGUUUGUGCGGUUGUUUGGAUUGUGAGGACAUUUAAAGUCUUCCAAGGCUGUGUUUGGGUUUGUUCGGUUUGCAUUGUGAGGACAUUUCAAGUAUCGGUAGUCUUCUGAGGCUGUGAUUGGGUUUGUUUGGUUGUUUGGAUUGUGAAGACAUUUUAAGUACAGGCAGUCCUCCAAGGCUGUGAUCGGGUUUGUUCGGUUGUUUGCUUUGCGAGGACAUUUCAAGUAAUGGUAGUCUUCUAAGGCUGUGUUUGGGUUUGUUCGGUUGUUUGGAUUGUGAGGACAUUUCAAGUACCGGCAGUCCUCUAAGGCAGAGAUUAGGUUUGUUCAGUUUGCAUAAUGAGGACAUUUUAAGUACCAGUAGUCCUCUGAGGCUGUGAUUGGGUUUGUUCAGUUGUUUGGAUUGUGAGGACAUUUCAAGUACCGGCAGUCCUCUAAGGCAGAGAUUAGGUUUGUUCAGUUUGCAUAAUGAGGACAUUUUAAGUACCAGUAGUCCUCUGAGGCUGUGAUUGGGUAUGUUCGGUUGUUUGGAUUGUGAGGACAUUUCAAGUCUUCUGAGGCUGUGAUUGGGUUUGUUUGGAUUGUGAGGACAUUUGAAGUACCAGUAGUUUUUUGAGGCUGUGAUUGGGUUUGUUCAGUUGUUUGGAUUGUGAGGACAUUUCAAGUACCGGCAGUCCUCUAAGGCAGAGAUUAGGUUUGUUCAGUUUGCAUAAUGAGGACAUUUUAAGUACCAGUAGUCCUCUGAGGCUGUGAUUGGGUAUGUUCGGUUGUUUGGAUUGUGAGGACAUUUCAAGUCUUCUGAGGCUGUGAUUGGGUUUGUUUGGAUUGUGAGGACAUUUGAAGUACCAGUAGUUUUUUGAGGCUGUGAUUGGGUUUGUUCAGUUGUUUGGAUUGUGAGGACAUUUGAAGUACCAGUAGUUUUUUGAGGCUUUGAUUGGGUUUGUUCGGUUGUUUGGAUUGUGAGGACAUUUGAAGUAGUGGUGGUCUUCUAAAGCUGUGAUGGAGUCACCCGGCAGGCCAAGGAAGUCAAAGUACACCUGAAUUGUUUCAUUUGAAAGCGGAGCAACAAGCUGGAUCAACUCUUGACAUGUUUUCAUUUGAAUUAUGAAACAAAAGAUUUGUCCUUUAUGUUGGGAACUGACUGAGACAGAAUCAAAGCGGACUAUGACGCCCAGUUGUGGGACUGGACUUGGUCUGGACUUUUUGCUGAAAAGACAUUUGAAUGUGGAUCUGUCCCAUCAUCACUUGCCUACUUGGCCAGAAAGACGACUAGGAGGAUGAGACAAGGCUACAGAGUCCAUGUCCUUCCAGUGACUUGAGGCAAUAGUUCUUGACACUUGCCAGGAAAAAAGUAAACAUCCUCUCCAUUUGACAGAAAUGUGUUUGAUGGAUCCAUCAUGGCUGUCCUCCUCCUCCAGUCAGACAUGCACUUGUCUCUUGUCUUCCAAGGGAUGAAGACAACUAAUUGUUGGCUUUCUUUAUGCUGAGUGGGACAUUUCAUUCAUUGUCUCCAGGAAGUCACACCUUGGAUGCUGGACCUCCUUUCUCCACAUUAUUGUUUUGUGAACUCCACACACACACAAAAUGACCGUUUCAUUACAUUUUUGUUUUGUUUUUUGCAAGACAGAUUUGAGUGAAGUCUGGAAAAGGUGUUGUUGUCAGGAAGGAGGAGGAGAGGAGCAGUGGGCGUGCUCACCUUUGGAACUCAUCAAUAAAGCUGGAUGCUAAUGAAA